AUGUUCUUUGAUGACUUCAACUCUCAAAAAAUGAUGAGUGUCCUGUUCACCAUUCAGUUGGGAGUAAUCUCUGUAAAUUUAUUACCGACUAGUACAGAUAUUGCACUAGGGCGAUAUCGACCCAAACGGUGGGCAUACUAUGAAAUACAUAAAUGUGGAGAGAUUAAAGGCUACAGUUGUCUGGAACAUCGUCACUGUCAUGAACGUUAUCUACGUAAAGAUAUGGUUUGUUUUGAGGUCUAUCCAUGCUUAAGUUCCUGUAUAUUUAUAGCUCAGUUGUAUGACUAUGAAAAGCUUGCAGAACAAGUUGAACAACUAAUGUUGAGAGGGAUUCCAGUCAAUAAUCAUGAUGAUGCAGUGAAUUUUGUUCGUGAAAAAACAAAAAAGUUGGCGCGUGAACUGAAUAUGUCAUUACCACUGGGAGGAACAUAACAGAAUUUUGACAACUGAAACAAUUUUCAGUAAUAUUAUGACAGUAAAGAUUACUGGAGAAUAAAGAAACUUUGAAAAUGACUGUUUCUAAUGAAUGAGGCGAUUCAUUGUAAUCAUUUCUUUUGAUCAUUGUGGUUAUUAUGAAGUCAGAGGUUUUGGUGGUAUCCGACAACGGUGAUUAGUUGGCAACACUUGGUGGUUAUUUUCUCUUUGUGUGCUUUUUUCGCUUUGUACUGUUUUAAUUUGUUCCUGUAUUUUGUUACUUUGCUUUGUGUAUUGACGUCUGAUUCUUGUUACAGAGAUCGAAAGAAAUACAUCUGCACAUGGUGUUCCAUAUACCUACGAUAAACAACCCAAUAUUACUCUACUGAUGAUGAUGAUGUACAUUUUG